AUGGUCGUAUGGCUUCGGCCGGAAUACGUCCUGGCGUUUGUUACCAGUUUAUACUAUUGCUCUCAAUUAGUUUUUUCAAAAACUUAUGAAAAAUUUUGGUGUGCAACUGAAGAAGGUUAUCAUCAAUUAUCUUGUUCAGAUGAAACAGCAUUAUUAACUGAUAUAACAAUAAUUAAAGUUUAUCGACGUGGACAAAUGUGUGAACCUGAUGUUCAUUCAGAAUAUCUUAUUCAUUGUCAAUCAUAUGUGGAUGGUUCAUUAUGUGAAGGAAAUAAAACAUGUUCAAUUGCAAUAUCGAGUCGAGAUUAUAUACAAUGUGAAGAUAAAAUAUAUACACCAACAUAUUUUUUUGUUAAAUAUACUUGUACACAAAUUCAUACCAUGUGUAUAGAUACAGAACCUAUUCGAAAUACAUUACAUGGAUAUAUUAUAUCACCAGCUUAUCCACAUCCAAUGGCUGACAAUCUAAAAUGUUCGAUAACUAUUGAAGCUGAUCCAUCAAUGUAUAUUGAAUUAUCUCCUAUUCAAAUACAUUUACAAGAAGCUAUUAAAUGUCGAGGUGAAUAUAUUGAAAUAUUUGGUUAUGAUCCAUCAUUGAAUGAGAAUAAUAUUAAUAAAAAUAAUAAUUGGAAAGAAUAUCAUACAUGGUGUGGUGCUGAUCGUUCAAUAAAUAAUCCAUUAUCAAAUACACGUUAUCUUAUUUCAUCAAAUUCUUUAUAUAUGUCAUUACAAACAACUGUUUCUAGAGAUCCAAGAUAUUUUAAAAUACGAUAUCGAGUUGUUCCAGUCAUUGCACGUUCUCAAUAUAAUUCCGAUGGAAUUAUUCAUGAUCCAUUAAUCAAAGAAUCUAGAUCUUCAUUAAUGAUACUAACAACAUCUAUUAUGUUAACAAAAACUAUGAAUUCAUUAUUGAACAAUAGUCAUAUGAAAAACGUUAAUGAAACAUUAACAAAACAAACAUUUAAAAAAGAAAUUCUUAUUGGAAUUCUUAUUGUUGUAAUUGUUCUUCUAAUUGCAACAGUUGCCAGUAUUCUUAUUUUUAUUUUGAUUAAAAGACGUCGAUCUUCAUUUUCAUCUUCAUCUAGUACUAAAAAGAAAAAUAUACCUUCAACAACUAAUAAUACUACAUCUAAAUCAACAGUUAAAUCAUCUGAUAAAGCACCACUUCUUGAUAAAAUAAAUAAUACAUCUACAAAUGUAACAAAACAAAAAUUAGUUCCUGAACGAACAGUACAAAUAUCUGAUGUUAGUACAUCUCGAUUUAAAUCUCCUGAACUAACAAGUACAAAAUCCGGUUUAACAAAAUCUGAAGUUCCAUCAUCAAAACCAACAUUAACUGCAGUUGAUAGUGGUAUAUAUGGUGUUGAUUUAACUGAAGAUUCUAUAGCUACUGUAUCAAAACCUGUAUCAUCAUCAACAAUUGAUCCAUCGAAAAUUCAAAAUAAUAUUUUACUUGAAACAUCAGAAUCAGUAUCAACUGUUGUUGUUAAUCCUUUAAGUGAUAAUUCAACAAUGUCUCCUGCUAUUAUUUUUUCAAAUGACAUUAUUGAAAGAAAUCCAUUAUUAACAAAUGAAAAUGAAGAAAAAGAAACUCUUUUAGAUCAUACAGUUCAAAGUGCUUAUCCUCAUUUAGUUGAUAUAGCAUCAAGUGAAAGUGAUGCAACACUUUGUGGUAGUGGUCCACAAUCAAGACGAUCAUCAAUAACAAAACAACCAUUGAUUAUUCAAGAUUCAAAUAAUAUUGAAACUAUUGUUCUAUCCGAUGACAACACACAAUUAUCAUCCUAUCAUCCAAUCCCAUUUAAUCCAUUACACGUGAUAUUACAAAAAGAUGCCAAUAAAUAUUAUACAACAGAAUAUAUUUAA